CCCAUUUGAGGCCGGCCUAUAGCAGGUUAAAGAAGCCUCUGCUCUCUGAUUCCUAGAUUGAGAGGCACAAAGACAAGCUUGAGAAUGGUGUUUUAAUCUCCUCUUGCUAAAAGAAGAUACCUAUCCUAUACCCCUAUACCUUUCCCUUCAAUUGGAGCCAAGUACCUUCACUUAUGCCUUGCUACUCUCACUAUCCCCUUCCCAAUUUCUUCACUUUCCUGCGGAUGUUGUCAGUCUCUGGGCACCAAUCUGAGCGCAAUAAUGCGAAAGCGCGUGCUUGAGCCAGAGCGACGCACCAAUCCCUUAAUCUGGUGCGCGGCUUUGAUCUGCACCGUUCUAACCAUAGCCGUGAUCAUCACCGGUUUCGCGGUGUUCGUGGGCUACCUGGUUCUCCGCCCCAAGGUGCCUCAAAUGAGCGUGAAGAGCGCGCGUUUGGAAAGCAUCGACUACGACAUGGCGGGCAUCUUGGCCGUGAAGGUCUCCAUCGUGAUCGCCGGCCAGAACGACAACGCCAGAGCCCACGCGAGCUUCUACAAAACCAGCUACGCGCUCAGCUUCGGCGGCGUCAAACUCGCGUAUUUGAACGCCGAGGCUUUCGACGUCCCCAAGAACAGCUCCCGCGAGCUGUACUACCUGGUGGAGUCCACGCCCAUCCCGCUGUCGCCGGAGCAGGGGGAGACGGUGGAGGCGGCGCUGCGGCAGAGCCACGUGGCGUUUGAUCUUAAAGGGACGUCCAGGACCCGAUGGAGAAUAUGGAUGCUGGGUUCGGUUAAGUUUUGGCUUCACCUUGAUUGUCAACUUAAACUUCCCCUAGAUCGAACCACACUUUACCCCAAAUGCAGCACAAAAUCUAGGUAGAUUGUUUCUUCUCUUUCUCCCCAUCUCAAAAUUCCUCAACAAUAAAGAGUAAUCCCAGUCAAAAUGGCAAGAAAUUCACACUUAUAACCACAAGAUCACGAAUUUAAAUCUUUACUCUCAUAAUUUGAGCUAAUCAACUAUUUGGUAAUCUAAGCUGGUCCUUUACAAAUUAGGGUUACAAGACCUGGUUUACUCAGAGGUUUCUUCCUCAUCUCAA